CUCGGACAUGAGUAAAUGACGUCAGCUCCCAGGUCGCCGAGCAAAGAAACAAACAUGGCGACAGAAUGGAGCGGGCAGCAGGGUUACGUUCUCACCGUCAUUAUCUGCCUGUGGAGCGCAGUCGGCGGCCGGACAGAGACUGCGGCGGCGGCUGGUUCCGCCCGGGUCAGCGGCGCGAGCCAGGUCCUCGGCAUGCGGCUCGAGCGAAGCGACAAGCCGUCCAGCACCAAUGACGACGGUGUCAUCCAGGUGACCGAGGAGAGCACUGUGCAGCUCCGGUUUUACGGGGUGCAGCUCCACUCGGGUGCCUGGACGCAGAUCCGCUUCACGGAGCUAGCGGACGGCGGCGGCGGCGGGGACGAGGAGGAGGAGGAUGAGCAGGAGGAGGCGGUCGCGGCGGCCAGGGGAGGCAGCGGCAUGAUGGACACGCCGGAUAGGACUUGUGUCGACUUCACGAAGGACAUCAAAGUCGGGAGCUAUAUGAACGUGAGCAACCGGGGGACGUCCGGGGUGCUCAGCGUGCAAGUUAAGCCGCUGCGCAAAAGCGAGCCGCAGAAGGAAUACGCUUUGUGCACGCUGAGCGAGGAUGGCACCAGGUGGGUUCUGCUGGGGGAGAGCGACGGCAGGGUGCUGGUGGUGGAAGAGAAGAAGUCACUGCUGCCCAUGUGGCUGCAGGCCAUCCUCAUCUCCUGCCUGCUGGUGCUGUCCGGGAUGUUCAGCGGCUUGAACCUUGGCCUCAUGGCGCUGGAUCCCAUGGAGCUGCGCAUCGUCCAGAGCUGCGGCACCGACAAGGAGAAGAAGUACGCCCGGAAGAUCGAGCCCAUCCGGAGCAAGGGGAACUACCUGCUGUGCUCCCUCCUGCUGGGCAACGUGCUGGUGAACACCACCCUCACCAUCCUGCUGGAUGACCUGAUCGGCUCCGGCCUGGGCGCGGUGGUGGCCUCCACCAUCGGCAUCGUCAUCUUCGGGGAGAUCGUCCCCCAGGCGCUGUGCUCUCGCCACGGACUGGCCGUGGGUGCCAACACCAUCACGGUCACCAAGUUCUUCAUGCUCCUCACAUUCCCGCUCUCCUUCCCGAUCAGCAAGCUGCUGGACUACCUGCUGGGCCAGGAGAUCGGCACCGUGUACAACCGAGAGAAGCUGGUGGGCAUGCUUAAGGUGACGGAGCCCUACAACGACCUGGACAAGGAGGAGCUGAACAUGAUCCAGGGAGCUCUGGAGCUCCGGACCAAAACGGUGGAGGACGUGAUGACGCCCCUGGCGGACUGUUUCAUGAUCCAGGCGGACGCCGUGCUGGACUUCAACACCAUGUCGGAGAUUAUGGAGAGCGGCUACACGCGCAUCCCGGUGUACGACGAGGAGAGGUCCAACAUCGUGGACAUCCUGUACGUCAAGGACCUGGCGUUUGUGGAUCCGGAUGACUGCACCAACCUGAAGACCAUCACCAAGUUCUACAACCACCCGGUGCACUUCGUGUUUCACGACACGAAGCUGGACGCCAUGCUGGAGGAGUUUAAGAAAGGUAAAUCCCACCUGGCCAUUGUCCAGAAGGUGAACAACGAGGGUGAGGGCGACCCGUUCUACGAGGUUCUGGGUCUGGUCACCCUGGAGGACGUCAUUGAGGAGAUCAUCAAGUCUGAGAUCCUGGACGAGUCCGACCUCUACACUGACAACAGGAACAAGAAGAAGGUGGAUCCUCACAAGAACAAGCCAGACUUCUCUGCCUUCAAGCAGGACGGCGACAGCAAAGUGAAAAUCACUCCCCAGCUCAUGCUGGCUGCUCAUCGUUUCUUAGCCACAGAGGUGAACUUGUUCAGCCCGUUCCAGGUCACAGAGCGGGUCCUGCUGAGGAUCCUCAGGCACCCAGAGGUCAUCCAGGAGCUUAAGUUCAACGAAAACGACAAACGGUCGCCUCUGCACUUCCUCUACCAGAAGGGAAAACCUGUUGACUACUUUAUACUCAUCCUACAGGGACGGGUGGAGGUGGAAGCUGGAAACGAGAACAUGAAGUUUGAAACUGGCCCAUUCUCUUACUAUGGAGUCAUGGCUCUGAGCACGCCAUCGCUUGCUGUCACCCCUCCUAUCUCCCCAUCAGUGGCGUCCCCCCCUCCACGACGCCUUUCUCUUAAGAGGUUUUCUGUGUUCUCUCGUUUCCCAGAGUUUCGUUCUCCGUCGCACGCGGGCCACCUGAACCGCUCGGCCUCUCUGAGCUGCACUGAGCGCGCUCACGAGGGUGGCUCCAUCAGCGGAAGCAACACUCAGAUCCCAGGAACCCCUUUCCAGUACAUCCCAGACUUCAGCGUUCGAGCUCUGGCUGAUCUUCAGUAUGUCAAGGUCACCCGCGCUCACUACCAGAACGCUCUGCUGGCGUCCCACUUGGACAGCACGCCUCAGUCUCCGGAGGGCAACCACGUCCGCCUGGACAUCUCCAUCUCUCUGCCACCCCUGACGCCCCCGGAAACCAAAACGCCGCUGGCGCUGGCCACGCCUCCUGUGAAACACCCGUCGUCCAACACCCAGCCCGCCUCCCAGAGUGCUCGCGCCACCUUCACCAUAGGCUCUGCCGGCCGCAGGCCCAGCCAGGUGUUACCCCAUGCCACGCCCCCUCCCAGUAACCACACCCCCCUCUCACAAACCCCUCCCUCUUGUCUGAGCACUGUGCCAUGUGCUCUGAAUCCUGCAGCGAGCUCGUCGCUUUCCUCCAAACCGCAGCACCUGCCGCCCUCUGACAGCCCGGACAAUGGGCCCGGAGAGACCACCACUCUGCUCAGUGAGCAGCCGAACUGCGUGGGCCCCCGCCGGCCCAGUUACACCCAGCCCUCCCAACAUAUUCACACCAUCAGUCACGCACACACUGAAAGCACCAUUUAACUCCGGUCCUCUUAGAAAGCCGUCGGUUCAACCUCCUUGCACUACUUCCUUCUCCUGUUGGCCGUUUCGGUCCUAAGCAACAUUGUUUCUGUGGGAACCAACAAAGGAUCAGCACAUCUCUACUCUCUGCCAUCUCCUCCUGCAUGUUCCUAUCCCAACACUGAACCCAUAGCAGAGUGGGAACCAGAGGAUGGACCAGUCCAACCAAAAGGAAUAAUCUACCUUUGCAUUUCGUUUUAUCUGCACAGGUGACGGUAUGUCUGCCUCUGCCUGAGUACAAUGAAGGUAACUGGAAGAGAGAGUUUACACCGCCCCCCUGUGUUGGCAUGUUAGGUUGCAUUUCUUACAUACAGUUAUAAAUCUUGCAUCCAGUUGUUUAGUUUGAGCCCCGUAGCUUUCUACAAGUAAACACAAAAACCCAGCACCAUCAACUAGAGUUUUAAGGUGAUAGAGAUGCUUUUAACAAACAGCUUAUGAAUCAAAAACUGCAGGAUUGCCUCCUGUGUGGGUUUGUUUUUAUCCACUAGAGGGCAGAAUAUGACUUUAUAAAAUGAGAUCCAAAAUGCCACAACUGUUGUAAAGUAGAUAUUUAUAUAUAAUUUAAAUUAUUUCAAUAAUGUUUUAAUAAUUUAUUAAAUAAAUCAUUAAAUGUGAAAUAACUGAUUAAAAAUGUAUUUGAAGGAGCAGCAUUAUAAUUUUAUAGCAUAAUCAGGUAACUAUAAUGUAACUCCCAUCAGUUUUAAAAAUGCUCUAUAUAUCAAAUAGGAUUUAAAAGAAAUUUGACUUUGUCUGUUUCUUUAAAAACUCCUGCUUUUUCCGAAACUCCACUUUCAGGAAGUCAUCACAACGUGGCUCCUCUACUAACCCUUUAACUGGAAGAAGUGUAGUUAAUUGUUUCCUCGUCCCUGGUGUUGCAGCACAUAAUUAAUUUAUCAUUUUUUAUUAUUUCAGGAGGAAGAGCUAACCUUGCUAUAAAUGAGCCUAUUGUUGUUUGGCUGCGCUGGUGUAAAGGUUAGCCAGUCAGAUGUUAGGAAGUAAACACUAAAUAUUUAUGUUAUUUUAACACUUAAUAAAUGAAAGUUUUAUUUAAUUAUUUCUACAUGAUUGCACUUUCCUGGCCAACUUUAAUCUUUGAAAAACCAGACCUACCAAUUCCGAUUUUGGGCGAUACCAUUUUUUUUUGUUUUUUUGUUUUGGCCUGAAAAGUCGUUAAGUAUAUUUAAAUAUUGGCUGAUCGUCGAUCUCCCAGAAUUAAGGGAAUCGGUGCAUUUCUAAUUUCAACAUUUAAUUCCAUUUUUAGAUAAAUUAUUCACACAUUAAUGUAGCUAUAGAUUACUGUUUACGUUAAAUGGUCACAUAUGGAAAUGUUUUAGAACAAAUAAUCUAUUUGAUUUAAAAUAUUUAGAUUUUUGGCUAAUGAGAUUCAACAGGGUUUAAAAUAAUCACAGUUACCCCCACUGUACUUUGGUUGCACACAUAUAUAUCUAUAUUUAAUACCCACUGCAGAUAAAACUUUUGUUCUUUUUUUUUUGCCUUUUUUGUAAUCAUUGCAGACUGACCUUUAACCUAUCCACUGGGAGAAUACAUGACUGCCGUGUCCCUGCCGGAGACGUUUCCAGUUAGUUGCAUCUAUUUAUAUCAUUGAAUUUUUUUUUUCCUCUUUGGUCCAAAGAUUGAAGCUUCCAAAGUUAAAGGCGUUAACGAUGGCAGUUUCAUUUACAAUAUGCAUGAUUUCAGGUUGGUCUCUUGUCAGCAACUCUGUUUAUCUCAAUUUUCUGGUUUGAAUCUGGUCUUAAGUCAUGAAGGAGUAACAAAAACCAAUGCCUGUGUCAAUUCAGCUACCAGCAAAGUGACCAGAUUCACUGUAGCUGACAGCUCCUGCAGCAGGAAGUGAGAUCUGAAGCAGCACAACACCCAGGCUGCAUGUUUUAACCCAGAGAAAGUCAAACAGACGCCUGAUGAGCAUGCACACUGUUGGUUUUAUUACUUCUGUUUAAGUAUUUAGACAUAAUAAGACAUUCAGUGUGAAGCUUUUAGCUUGAAAAUCACUAUUCAAAAUAGAGUUGUGUACACAUAUUCUAACAUAUUUAAAAAAUAAUAAUUUUACAUACAAUAAUGCAACUUUGAAAUCUAUAUUCAACAGUCAAGAUUAUUAUUAAAUUCAGUCUUAGUAGAAGUAUAUGUACAAUGCCGGCCACAUUCAUUUUGCUGCCCCUGGUAAAAAUGUAGUAAAAAAGAAACAUUAUUCUCGGAAAAAAAAUGUCAAAAAGUAAACAUUUGGAAAAAUGACUGUUAUUUUCCAGCAAAGUUCUAAGUGGGACCUUUCUGGGAAUUCCAACUUCUUCAAAGAUACAAAAAAAAAUAAAUAUUUAGUUUGUAACAAAAUAUUUGGCUUGCUAAUUAAAUAUUUAGUUUAGUGUGAAACUGUCACAUUCCUAGAUAAAUGAAUAACAUUAUGAAAAUAUGACUUGAAAAAUUAACUCUUUUUUUAUUUUAUUUAACAGACUCCCUACUUUAUUUACUGUUAAUUUUUGACUGUGUAACUUUCCAAAUGGCACCCCAUCAUACACUGCUGCCAUAAAUAAUCAUGUUAUUUGAAUGAUUUUUAUUUAUCUUCAACCUGCUGUAAAUGUGGCCUGUACUGUACCUACCUGGAAAUGUGAAAAAUCUUUAGAAGUCUGCCCAGUACUUUUAGACUUCUUUAUUCAAACAGGAAGUCAUGAAAACCAGUGCCUGCCUGGAAUCUGCAGAGUGCAAUAAAAAGUAAAAGUAGAUUAUGUUAAAGGGGUUGAAACCUGCAGGAACAGUGGUGUGGUGUCGCAUCAGCAGACAUGAUGUUCUCAAUGAUUUCCUUUCAGAGAGUUGUAUGCAAGUAUUUGUGUGAUGUUAUGUUUCUUCAUGCAUUUAAAUUUAUUUUUCUUUUUUUACAUAUAUUGGAAAGUGGGUUUAUUGUUUGCUUUCUAACCAAGGGACAGCUUAUUUUACGUCUUCCACUGGAAAUCCCUCACUGUGAAUGGUUUGGUGGAGCUUUGGUUCCCUCUCAGAGAGGCGGCCGAACCUGAACCAGCCUGUUGCAUCUUGUCGUGUUUUAAAUGAUUUGCUGGAACAGUCGUGGUUACAAAUUACACUUGGCUUCUGUUUUUAUUUAUUUGUGGCUGUUUAACGAUCAACAGCUCACCUGAAUACCAAAUAAGGGAGGAACUGGCCGUGCUCCCAGUUUUCUGUAUGUCCAUAGCACAGCUGGCUGCUCUGCAGAAACUAAGUGAUUCAAACCUGACCAAACUUUUGCCAGAAUAAGCUAAACUUGUUUGGUGUCCAACAGAAAGUUCCUUACCAAAUAAACAGGUUUUUAUUUGUAACGGCGUGGCAUUUUGGGACGUUUCCCCUUCCUUAGUGAGAGUUAAUGUGAAGGGUUUUACUGACGUAAAGCUGUUGCAGUAGUUUGUCUAAAGAUGGGAGUUUUUUCUGUUGCAGCUUACAGUUAUUCCUUAGAAUAACUGAUGUUUUGUCGUUCAUUUUUAUGCAUUUGUGAAAUCAAAUAAUUUAUUCCCUGGUUGUUUGUGGGGAUUGUUUUGUGGUUCACAUUGUGAAAAUAUCUUUAAUUUGAUCUUCUGGUGUGUUCCCUUUCUACUCAGUAGUUGUCAUUUCUGAGUUUUAAGCAGUAAAAACAAAAUAAUUGGAGCACCUGAAAUCAGAGCUUUUUCUUAAGUCAACGUAUAAAUUCAGCAUGGCUGCCAUUCUUAGAAAACAAUUUUUAAAAAGUGCAAUGAAGUUGUUUAUUUGCACGUCUCAGGGUCUGCGCAAUCCUUAACGCUGUAAUACACAUGUAGCACCAGCAGGUGGCAAUAACAUUAACAACUUAAAAAUACAUAAGAUCAUUGACGUCCACACUCUGGUUUGUCAGGUGGCAGUAAAUGCACCUUAAAUUACCAACCGCCAAUAAAAAAAACUAAACAAUAGGAAGAAGAAGAAGCACCCUCGCUCUCAUGACGUAAGUAAACAAGAUAAAAACAGAUAAAGAUAAAAACAAUGCCUGGGUGCUUUUUGACGGAUUAAACAUUUCUUAUUGGAGCCACAAGCUAGUAGUGCUUUGCACUAAAAGUAGGAUUUUUGCAUUACACUUAAGUUUUCCAGUUGCAAGUUGGAAAAUUAGGGAGAUUUGCCAACUGUUGGUUUGCUAAGCGAUCUACGGUUAGCAAUACAACCAGAAAAUUUUUCCAACACCUUCACUGGCAUACAUUAAACUGUACCAUCUGUACAACUGACUAAAUGAGAUUUAGACUGACCUAAGUGCUAAUAAAUAGGUUUUAGUGACUGCUUUCAUUAUGUUUUAUACAAUUGGCAGCCAUAUUGGAUUCUAAGACUGAGUUUGAUUUUCCGAGUCAGAAUUCUGUUGCAGUGUAUUUUUCUGGCUUGCAACUCAGAAACUCUGACUUCCGAGUACAAAUUGAAUGCACCACAAAUCUCCUAAACUUCAAUGUAAGUCUAGCAGUUUUGGCUCCAUCCAGGAUCUUAUCAAACGACAAUCUGCUCGCUUCUUGGCAGAACGAGGUCCAGAUCAGGAAUUCUGAAUUAGUUUGAAUAAAUGUGAACAGUCAAAUGAAACCCAGCAAAUAACUGGCAACAGGUAAAAUCAGUACUUGAAAAGGCAUUAACAGAACAGAUAGAGUUGGAGCUUUACAGAAAAAUGCAUUGUUUAAUGCUUGAAAGAGGUUUGAUAUGUGAACAUAUGUGUUUUAAAAGAAUCUAAAGGUGCAGAGGUCAGUGGGGGAGUUGGGAUGGAAACGCUACUAAGCCAAUUGUAAUGUGAACGCACUGUUAACCUUGUUUCCACACAACUUUUAGGAUUCUGAUUGAUCUCAUAUGCUGUUAAAAUGUCAACCUUCUGUUGGCCUUGGUCUCCAAAUCACUUUGACUACACUAUAUGUUUAUGAAGCAAGUUUUUCAUUUUCCUUUUUUUUAACCACAAGAUUGGCUUUCAUCUGCCUAACUACUAAGUUCCCAAAUUUUAUAAAUUAGCUUUUAUAAUAAUUCUUCACAAACUGCAACAAGUGGGUAAGAAUUUCUGUCUUGCACAUUUGGGUCAGUUCCGGAAAAAUGAAACAUCUGUGUGGAAACAAGCUGGACCGCUGGCUGGACCCAGACAUGCCCCCACCUCACAGCAAACAGCAAGAUGUCGACUUGAGCAUCAGGUCAUGCUAAACUAGCAUAGUGGCUACCUGGAGUUCAAAAGACAACCAUCCCGUUAGAAGCUCCGCCCCCUGGCCUCAGAGAACCUUCCAGAACAGGGUUUUACCUCAUGCUCUUCACACAGUGGGAAGUACAUUUUAACAUGUCUGUAAAUGAUGCUGACUGCUUGUUUUGGAGAAUUUAGCUGUGUUCAGAUGGACUGAAACAAAUGAAGCCACUCAGUCCUCACUGCGUGCGGGUCUGAGUGUGUUUCUGAACCUACUGGUGUGUAUUCAAUAGGCUCGGGUCAUUUUACUAGUUUGUACUUUUGAAGUUUUGGUUGUUUUGUACACUACCUGUUUAGCUAAGAAAAGGAGCCGUUAGCCACAGGUUGCAUGGUACCAAACACAAAUAGUCGAUACCUGCCUCGGGGACUCGCUAUGACAACUGUUCAUGUAAAGAUUUUGUCUUUGGUCUAUUUUUGUUGUACUUGAAGAAAAAUGAGUUUUGAGACUUCAAUGCACCCAGACAGGAACUAACUUAGAGCUACUUUAGCUUGAAGAAGGGUCAAAAUCGAUAAUACUUCAUAGAAAUUAAAUGGUCCAAGAAGAGAUUAGAUUCAUGACCAAUGGCAAUAGGAUGGAGUGUGAAGCCUUAAGGGAAAAAAAUACAAUUAAAUAAAAGUCUACAAGAAAUGUAAGCAUUUUUGAUGAUUUAUCUCCAGGAUUCAUCAAAAGUUCUAAACUAACAAAAUGAAACAAGCUUGAUAUGCAAUGAUUAAAUGGAUACAAAGUGGUUAGUUUAUGGCAGGGGUGUACAAAGUGUGGCCCAGGGGCCAGUUGUCAUCUACUUACUUUUGUUUCACAUGUGUAAAGCUGUUAAUUGACUGCAAAGGUAAACUAUUUUGUCGAUGACGGGUUUAUUUGAGAAGAGUUUUUAAAAAAAAUUAUUUGAUAACAUACAGUUUAUAAGCUAGCACUGAUGUAGAAACUGUACAGUUUAGAGUUUUGUUGCAUACAUUUAAAAAUGGUUACUAUUUCAAAGCAUUUUUAUGUGAAAGAGAUUCCAGACGCUGGGUUAGCAGCUAGGCAAAUUGGUAUCCUGUUCCAGGACCUAAUAGGCUCUAGGUUUACUGUGGCUGUCAUCAUAAAGCAAAAAGCUGUUUAUUUUCUUCAUAUAAUGUUCUGGCUUCUUAAAAAAAAAGUUCUCCAAAGAUCCUGCUGAGGUUGGCAGGUUUUACUGGUCGGACCUGGAAGUGCUUCCUCGUCCAACACAGAUUCACACGCAGAUUAGGAAAAAAAACAUCAGAAUUUUUUUUUAACAUUUUGAAUACUGUUUAGGUAAUGCAGAGUAGUUUUACCUGCAGACAACGGCCUUCAAGAUGGAAGAAGUUGCUUCCACAGAAUCUUCUUCAUUAUAGCAAGUACUCUGUCUAGUCCGUUUAACCUUUAAAAACAUUAUGUGCUCCAGUUGAAGCACAGACCAAGAUUGUCUAAUUAGUGUAAAGAAAUUGAGUCAACAUUAAGCAGUAUUUAAAGAUGGCGCCAGAAGACGCUUCCCAGCACUAAAGCAUCAUGAAGCUAGCCAGCUCUGACACCUGUCAUUUGACUGGCACACAUCACAAGUAAUACAGAACUAAUACCCCAUCUUACCAUGGGGUGUACAUCACACACCUGGCAUGAAAGGAAACACUAACUGCGUUUCCAUUAACUGUAUAAUUUAUCAAUUUCGAGGGGAAAAAAUCACACUUUUCAAUAAAUAGUUUUGGUGCCAGGAUGAGGUGGGUUAUGGAACCAUCAAAAUCAGUUUAUCUCACAAAACUGCAACGGAAACACUUUUUUCACGUUACAAGAGUCACAUGAUCAACCACCGGAUGUUGCCACUGGCAUAAACCACCAAGAAAACAACAGGAAGAAGGUGGAGGAUGAUUGCAUAACAUGUUUCUUAAUGACUUAUUUCAUGAACAAACUUGUCCAUGUGUUAUUUGAAUUACGUUUAUUUAAAGGAAUCACCGCAUUUGCAAAAGUUUCAACGUUUGCAGAAUAUUGACAAAGUGUUUAAUAGAAACAGAGUUAUUAAUACCGCAUAUUAAAUAGGUCUAAUCCUCAACUGAACAGUCCCUUCCUACACUAAUUUAAUCUUUAGCCACCCAGUAAACCCAUAGCCAGGCAUAAUUGGGGCUCAUUUUCGCCUAGCUGUCUCCUAAAUUAUGGAUCCAGCUCUGGGAAAGUUCUCGUAAAAACCGCAUGAGCGUUCGAUGUCGUGCUAAAAUCACAGUGCCAUCUAGUGGCCUGUCAUGACAGCUACAGCUGACUCGAUGUGUCAGCUGUAGACAGCUGACACAUCCCAACAAUGUUGGGAAAAUCAAAAUGUUGAUUUUCCCAACAUUGGGAUGAUUGGGAAAAUCAUCCCAAUGUUGAUUUUCCCAAUCAACAUUGGGAAAAAGUCCCAAUGUUGAUUGGGACUUUUUCCCAAUCAACAUCCGAAAAUACUGACAGUUUCCAGGCAACUGUGUCAUGUAAACGUAGCCUGAAUUAAAAAAACAAACAAAAAAACCCACUUUCCAUUGUUAUUCUCCAGCAUCCUCCAGACCAGAAGUGUGAAACCUCCACAAUAAAUGCAACAAAAUUAGCCUUACCUUGUGUUUUAGGUACACCUCCCUGUUGGUUGGUAGCUCUCAUGUAGCUGUAGUUAGAACUGAUUUCUGGUGAAAGUCACUGGUUGGCUGCAGGAGAACCAGUUUGUGUGCUGGGAAAUGUGAAAACCUCCUUAGUAAAGAUGUAUUUAUUAUAAACAUGAUAUUUAUUUUUUUUGUGAUUAUGGAUCUGUGAAACGGGCUUCCAGCUGUAACCACAGCUUUUAUUGGGUUACUUUACCCAGAAACACUGUGUUCAGUUCCCUCAGUUAUGUUUGCGUUAUAUUAAUGUAAAUACUAUGUAUAUGAAAAGAUGCUGAGAAACAUGUAGAAAAAAAUGGAUCUAUUUAUUCUGAAAUGAAGUUUUAUUUCCAAUGUUGGAAGACAUUACAUAGCAAUAAACAUUGCACAGAAUUGACCUCAACAAUGA